CAAGGAAGGAGAGGCCCGGUCCCAAAGGAACCAGAGGGAGACGAGCCAAGGAGAGGGUGAGGAGGUGGAAAGUCAAGGACGCAUAUCAGUACACAAGAGGAUGCGCAAAAAUGCAUCCCAGAGGCUAGGACCCAGAACUGAGGAAUCUGGAGAAAAUUCUGAGGAGCCCCGCAAUGAAGAUGCCAGAGAUAUCCUCAAACUGAGGAAAGAGAUGGAGGAACUAAAAAGGCAAAUCGAUAGGGAUGGGUCUUUCGGGCCCACCGUGGAGAUAAUCUCCCCUUUUACUUCCAGGGUGAUGAAAGCUAAGCUGCCCAGGGGUAUGAAAGCCCGUUACAAAGGAGUCACUGAUCCCAAUGAUCACUUGGCCGCAUACCAAACUCACAUGCUGAUGCACGCGGUGGAGGAUGAAAUCCAGUGUCGCCUUUUCGUAGGGACUUUGGAAGGGCCGGCCGUAAAAUGGUUCCUCACCCUUUCUAAUGGGACCAUUGAUUGCUUCAAAGAUCUUGCCCAACUCUUUCUCAAUGCAUAUGGAGGAAGGUUCCAGCCAAAGAAGCACUUCACCCAUCUUUUCUCCCUAAAGAAAAAGGAGAGAGAAACCAACACUGAGUUGGUGCAAAGGUGGAAUGAGGCAAUCAAUGAGGUGGAGCCCAUGGACGAUAAGACUUCCAUCGCUCUAUUCAUGAGUGUUCUGAGAUCGGGGGAAUUAUUCAGAAGGUUAGAUUACGAUACCCCUACUUCCUACAAGGCUAUGAUGGCUAGGGUCAACAAGUUUUGCGCCACGGAAGAGUCUGAUCGCCUGAAGGAUAAGAAUGAGGGAGCCUUGCACAAAGGUUCAGACAAAGAGAGGAAAGGCGAGAAAACUAAGGCAACCACUCUCUCCAUCCCUACCCUUAAGUCACUGGCCGCGCCAGUGGCAGAAAUUAAGAACAAAUAUUGUAACUUCCAUAGAAGGGCCGGACACGCCACGGAGGAAUGCAUGUUCCUCAAGAAGAUGGAAGGACAGAUGAAGGAGAGGGGACCGAAUGCUAAUAGAGAGCCGAACCAAGGGGGUAAUGUUUGGCGUAGGGAUGCCCAACCUCAACAACAAAUCCAGGAGAACCUGGAAGAAUUCCCCCAAGUAGGAGUCAUCUUUGGCGGUCCAGAAACGAGAGUCACAAACAAGGAGAGGAAGGAAUGGGCCCGCAGGCUAUAUGUGGGGUCCAUUGACGUGGGCCAAGUGGCCAAGAAAGAAAGAAGGGAGCCCAUUGUCUUCUCGGACGAAGAUUUGCCGCUCAUUCCUAGUCCUCACCGGACCCCCCUGGUAAUUUCUAUGGCUACUCACAAAUUGUUUUUCAAAAGAAUAUUGGUGGACACAGGGAGCAGUGUCAAUGUGUUAUAUUGGGAGGCGGUCCAGCAACUGGGAAUCAUGAAGGAAGAUCUCACAAGGCUUAAUAUGCCCUUAUCCGGCUUCACCGGAGACAUAAUUGAACCGGAAGUGUCCAUUAAGUUGGAGGUCAUCAUAGGCGAGCAUCUAAAGGUGAGGAAUAUGAAGAUGGAUUUUGUGGUAGUUGAUAUCAAGUGCGCUCACAAUGCCAUCUUAGGGAGGCCUGGACUAGAGGACUUAGGAGGGACGCUGUCCCUUGAACACUUAUGCCUCAAGUUCAGGACUCCCAAAGGUAUUGGAAGAGCCCUUGGUGACCAGCCCGCAGCCAAGAAGGCUUAUCUAAAUUCCUGCAAGAAGAUAGACAAGGAGAACCUCAACAUCCAAACCAUUGGACAAGCCUUGGAAGAUAAAGAAAGGAAAGAGGAGGACCGGGAGAGGCCUAAGACAGCUGUAGAAAUGGAAGAAGUGAUGCUAUUCUCUGAUGGGGAUCCAGAGAAGGUCGUAAGGAUCGGCUUAGGGCUAGAGAAGGAUACCCGUGAAGAGAUUAUCCGAGUACUAAGAGAAAACUCGGUCCUCUUCGCAUGGGAAUCCAAAGAUAUGCCUGGAUUCGAUCCUUCAAUCAUUUUCCAUAAGUUGAACAUCAAGAUGGGUUCCCUCCCAGUCAAAGAGAAGAAAAGUAAGGACGGAUCAGGGGGAGGAGCUGUCCUCACCUCCCCUGAAGGCUUUAAGGCCUAUCACUCCUUUAAGUUCAUGUUUCGGGCCACCAACAAUGAAGCAGAGUACGAGGCCCUCAUCGGGGGAAUCCAGAUUGCCCUAUUUAUGAAAAUAAGGAACGCUCGCCUCAAAUCUGAUUCAAAAUUAGCCAUUGGGCAGCUAAGAGGAGAGAUGGAAGCAAAAGAAGGAAGGUUGAAGAAAUACAGAGACUGCGCCAGGACCCUACUUGGAAGAUUUGAGUAUUAUGAACUCAUAUAUGUUCCAAGGGAGGAAAAUGAAGAGGCGGAAAUGCUUGCCAAACUGUGUAGGACCGUCUCGGUCCACAUGGAAAGCAUGGUGAGGCAGCAUGAAAAGAUUUGUCUUGUUUGGGAAGAGGCGGUCCCUGUUCUUGAGAUAUCCGGUCCAAGUACAACAUGGAUGAGCCCCCUCUCCACAUAUCUUGAAAAGGGAGAGCUCCCUGUUGACCCCAAGGAGGCCAGUAGAGUCCAAUUGAUGGCUCCUAAGUAUCAAUUGAAUGGAGGGAGAUUGUACAAAAGGACCUUGGGUGGACCGAUGCUCAAGUGUUUAGAUGAAAGAGAAGCGAGAAAAAUAUUGGAAGAGGUGCACCAAGGAGUCUGUUCUGCCCAUCAAGGUGCCCUCACUUUGGCAAGGAAGGUGAUUUUACAGGGGUUUUAUUGGCCCACUUUGAAGAAGGAUGCACUGGAAUUGGUUAGGAAAUGCCUAACCUGUCAAGCAUUUGCACCAAUCCCUGGACGCCCAUCCACCUUUUACACCCCUGUCACUACGGCUAUCCCUUUUGCUAGAUGGGGGUUGGAUUUGGUGGGCCCUUUCGUCCAGGGAGCUGGAAGGAAGAAAUUUGCUAUCGUGGCAAUAGAUUACUUCACCAAGUGGGUCGAAGCGGAGGCCCUUGUGAAGAUUACGGAGGAAAAUUGCCGAAAGUUCGAAUCAACGCAAAAGAAACCAUAUUACUUCUUCUAUUAUGAUGAAAAGAAGAAGAUUCACAUACCACUUCCGGAACCCACACAAAUCAAACCGAGGUAUAGACAUUCGGUUCGAGUAGACUGGAACCCGCCAACCGCAAAACGACAAGUUGGCCAAGGCGGUCAAAGAAAGCGUUCCUGCACUGGCAAGAACGUGGCCUCUUCCUCAGCCCCUCCACCACCGGCGCACAAGUACCUCGACGGGUCGUUCCUUUGGUUCAACGACCACGUAGAGGCGACGCGGUUCUCAGAGAAAUUUGAGCACCGAGAGAUUCUCCCUCCCCGAUUCUCUACCGCCCGCUUCAUUCAUGACUCCAUUCCAUGUGAGGCACGGGUUAUCCUCGAACGUGGAAACUUCCUCGAUCUCCUCUACAUCAAGAAGGUCAAUUAUCACCCCUUUCUUGUUCGAGCUUUCUACUCGAACUUGAAAAAGGAUGAGGACGGAACGUUGAUCUCUAACGUCAACGGGGUGGAAAUCUAUUUGAAUGAGGAAAACAUUCAAAUCCUCACCGGGCUUCGUCGGGACGGACAAGAUCUCGGGCUCUACGUCGGAGAGGAAGGAGCGCGGUUCAAUGAGACCGCCCUCUUGGAGGAAGAGGACACGAAGACAAUUCAUGUGAUGAUUCACAAUGCCAAUCUCAAUUGGUGUAAAUUUGUGAUGACUCACAUGUUCACCGCCACCUCCGACAAUCGGCCGCUCCCCUACGCCCUCCUCGUCAUGGCGAUUCUUGAAGAGUAUAACAUCAAAACCGAUGUUGGGCCAAAGAUAAAGGGGACAAAGCAUUGGGAGAUUGAUGAAUCCUCUUUCCACUCGGGCACCGACGAGACUCCGUUUCGACAACCUCGUCCACGCCGCCAACGAAGAGCCACUGCCUUAACCGCCACUACUUCGACCAAUCCUUCUCUCGCCGAGAAAAUGGCAGCCUUGACCGCCACUCUCUCUCGGAUUGACACCAACGUCUCCAAAACGGCACACAACGUCAAUACCUUGAGCCGUGAACUUCACGGGUAUUUUGACUUUGUCAAUUACCCGUACGCUCAAUUGGUCCCUUACGUUCCUCCACCGAAUUUUGGAGGUGAACAGAGUGGGACUCAAAACAUUGGUAGGGACGACGAGGUGGACGAUGAGGAAGAGGAAGAAGAAGAGGAAGAAGAAGCCGAAGAUGAUGAUGAAGAUGAAGACGAUGAAGAAGAAGACAUUGACGAAGACCAACUUCUCAAUGAUCUUUCACCGGACUUCUAUCGGGUGGAGAGGAUUGUGCGCAAGCACAUAUCUGUUGGAACACACUUUGUACGAUAAACUAAAGUCGUGUUCAUUUC